UUGUUUUUAUUUUCGGUGAGGAAGCCGAUCGAGAAAGUGUUUCGUGGACGCCGGAGUAGAAAGCUCUGUUUUUUCUCACUUUACAACUGCUCUACAACCAACGCACCUACCGAAAAUGGAUGUGGACAAAGUGGAUAUGUCACUAGAUGACAUCAUCAAGCAGAACCGUAAGGAGAAGCGGGAGGCAGCGCGGCAGGGGCGGGGCAAAAAAGUCACCAAAAUCAUCGGCAAACCAGGUGCUCGUGCCGCCCUGGCUCUCAAGGCCAUACGAGGCCGUGGGCGCGGUGCCCGAGGGGCGGGAACGUCCACCCGAGGGGUGGGGAGAGGUGCCAGGAGGGGUGGAGCAGCAGGUCGUGGGGGGAGGGGAAGAGGGGGUGGGGCCGGCCGACUGAACAGGCAAGGAGGAGCACAGCAGCAGCCAGGCCCUAACAGACCUCAGAACCAGCGCAGUCAGCUGAACUCCCUGCGGAAACAGAAGCUUCAACAGGCUCGGCAACGUCUGCAGCAACAGCAGCAGAAACAACAGCAGAACAGACAGAACAAACAGUUCCAGAACAGGGGGCUGCAACAGCCUCAGCAGCAGAGAGGUCGAGGGCGUGGUCAGGGCGGAGGUCGUGGUAGGGGUGGAGGUCGUGGUCGGGGUCAGCUGAACAGGAGAGGGGCGUUACAGGGUUUCCAGGGAAACAGACAACAACAACAACAAUAUCAACCACAACAACAGAACAGAAGAAACCGGAACAACACCCCAAGAGGCCCUCCCCCUGCCCAAAUACUGAGUGUGACAGUCCCUAACACUCUGCCCAAGGGAGCACCAGGGCCUUCACAGAAGAACCAAAACUUCUCCCGAGGGUUCAACAAUGCAGGGAACAAGGGCGGCUUCAAGACGUUGAGCGACCGUUUCUCUGCGACGCAGCAGACAUCUGGUAGGGGGCAGCAGGUCAGAGGUCGCGGGGGCAGGCGAGGUCGCGGGCGGGGCGGCGGCCGUGGACGCGGCAGGGGCGGGGCCAUGGGAAGGAUGGUCACACUACACUGAUGACCGAGUGUUCACAUUUUUAUGGUUGAUUUUUUCCUCCUCCCAAGACAGCUCAUCUGUGUCGGUAAAAAGACUUUGUAGAAAGUUGAACUUUUGAUACUAAUGGAAAGUGAAAUGAGACUUGCUGGAAAAAUUUUCUGGUUUAUAAAAUGUUUUUACCAUCACCUGGUCUUCAAGCCAGUGAAAAUAAUAAUUGAUGUUGUAACAGUUAAAAGUUCUUUUUUGCUUUGCUUUCCAAAAGUUUGACUUUCCGCAACAGUGUUUUUGUUGUUAACUGUGAGUGUGGUAUGUCUAGAUGGAUGCCGUGAGUUGUGACUGUAGGUACCAAGAACUCACUCUGUUACUCAGCAAGUUCAGAUUUUCUCCCAAAUCAUAGCCACAUGUUUGCUGUACAUCUCACUAGACGUUUGGCAUUACUCUCUCAAAUUUACAUCACUUCUUCUUCGAAACUGAUCUUCCUAGUACAUGUAUGUGCACAUGAGUUGAUAAUGUAGGACCAGAAGUGCACAGGAAGUGGUGAUGUGUAAAUGCUUGUGCACAGGUAGUGAUGAUAUCAUAGCACACCUGUUUGGCAAGUGGGUUACAUAUACACAGCUCUGGGUUCCCGUCUAAUUACAGUGUAAUCAAGUACUGAAUCUUCAUACAGUCAAGCUCUAAAAUGUGUGAAUUUGGUACUUGAAUUUUCCAACACAUCUCUCUAUAAGAGCCUGUAUGAUAUCCAAACUAUAAGAAUAAGUGCUGAACAAUUCUUAUCUUUAUAACCAUGUAGUGAAUGACAGACGAAACACAAUACUUAGCAGAACUUGUAAACUUUGUAUACGUGUUUGUGUGAAGUUUAUAUUCAGCAAAUGUAAAAAAGAAAAGAAUGUUGUCAAAAAGUAGAUUAGGACAUAUGUUUGACCUAUUCUGACUUUUGUGGACCAAGAACCAUUGUAAUUUUUCACUUUGUCAUAAUGUUUUGCUGUUUUUCUAAACAUACAUUUGAAAACAGGAACUUUUUAAACAAUAUAGCAGUGUCAAAAUGAAGCAGGUGACUCUUUCUUUUGGCAUACCUCACUGGAGUUGUACUAGAAUACUGUGAAAGCUAGUCUUAAGUCCAGAAGUCAUUGUUCCAUUUUGUAUAGUGUGUUGAUAAGAUUUUUAAGUGGAUGAUGGGGAGGGGGGCAAU